AUGGAAGAUCUAUGCGUCGACAACACCAUUCCGCAUCAUGCGACGUCGGUCGCCGCCGCAGAACAUUCAAAGGUGGUGGAGGUUGCCGUGGAGGAAGAGACGUUGGAGAAGGCUGGCGGCGAUAAAACGGACCUAAAAAUUGAAAAUCUAUGCGUCGAAAACACCAUUCCGCAUCAUGCGACGUUUGACGCCAUCGCAGAAUAUGAAGAGAUGGUGGAGGUUGCCCCAAAUGAAGAGAUGGCGGAGAGUGUUGGCGGCGAUAACACAGGUGAAAUUGUUGGGGAGACGGUGGAAAGAAACUUCACUUUCCACACCAUUACAAUUGAACAAGGAGAGGACAUAGUGCAAAGAAUUAGGUCAUUUUCUGAGAUGACUCCCGAUUCAAUUUGCAUUAUCUCGGCUUCGGGUACAGUCUCUAUUGCUGAAGUUUACGUGCCUAAUCCUUGCCGUGACAUUUUCCGAUACGAGGGGGAGUUGACUAUAAUACACUUAAAUAGAUCGCAUACAUAUGAUGGAAUAAGAGGUGCUAAAAAGUGCCUAUUAAGUGUACUUCUGGCCGAUUCCGAAGGCCGAUGCUACGGUGGUGCUGUAGCCGGUUCACUUAUUGCUGCCGGCCCAACUCGGGUUAUAAUCGGAACAUUUAUUCAAAUUUUGAGGCAUCGAAAGCGUAGAACUGCAGCCCCAGAAAAUCAGCCACUCGCAGCUCCGUUUUCCCGAUCCGCCGAUAAUUGA